AUGGGUUCGGAGUGGGGUCUCAGUGCUGCUUCUGGUUUGGUGGCACCAUUGUUGGUAGACUAUUUAGUGAAGCCAAUCGAACGUCGUAUUCGUUACUUAUUUCGUUUUCAUAAGAUAGUUCAAGAGCUGCACCAAAACCAACAAGAUUUGGCUGCAAAAGAAACUCAAGUGAAAGACGACGUUGAGGAGGCUAAAUUGCAGAUUCGAACUCAAGUGAUCUACGACCAAGUUGAUGAAUGGCCGACAAAGGCAGAAAAUGCCCUAAAGGAUGUAAAAGUUUUGGACUCUGAAAUUGAAGAAAAUAAGAGAUGCUUCUGUCUGUGUCCUAAUUGGUGUUGGCGAUAUCAAUUAAGUCAGGAGAUUGAGAAUAAAACAUUGGAAAUAGCUGAUCUCGUAAAAAAAUCCGAAUUUAAACGAGUCGGCCAUCGUGCAAAGCUUCCUAGCUUAGAUUUGGUCACAUCUAAGGAUAAUGUGGAUUUAAAAUCUUCAGGUGCUGCUUUCAAUAAGAUCAUGGAGGCAUUGAAGGAUGAUAUAGUAAAAAAAAUAGGGGUGUGGGGGAUGGGAGGAGUGGGCAAAACCACCUUAGUCAGAAACGUGAGUGGUAAAGUCAGAGGAUUUGAUCGAGUUAUAAUGGUCACUGUGUCCGAAACUGUAGACAUUGAAAAAAUACAAAACAAAAUUGCAGAUGACUUAGACUUGAAAUUUGGCAAGAACACUGAAGGCGGCAAAGCAACAGAGUUGUGGAGUAGAUUGAGUAAUGGAAAGUUUCUCGUAAUCAUCGAUGAUCUAUGGAAGGAGUGGAAUGAUGAUGGGGAUUUGAGAAAGAUAGGUAUUCCAUUGGUUAAAGAUGAAAAGGGUUGCAAAAUCAUCUUGACAACACGCAACUAUAAUGUUUGUCAACAUAUGGAAUGUGAGGAGACAAUUCAACUGAAGGUUUUGGAAGAUGGUGAAGCAUGGACUCUGUUCGAAAUGAAUGCAGGUAUCAAGAAAGCUGAUUCGCGUGUUAUUGGGGAGGCUAAGAAAAUUGCAAAAGAAUGCAAGGGCUUACCUUUAGCCAUUGUAACACUAGCAAAGGCUUUAAAAGGUAAAGCUCUUGAUAGGUGGAAAGAUGCACGAAAAAAACUUGAAAGAAGUGGAUUAAUGGAGAUUCCAAGCAUUCAAACAGAGAGAGAGAGAAAAAUGCCUACAUUUCUCUUAAGAUCAGUUAUGAGCAUUUGA